GAAAAGUGAUCAUUGGCUGCUUAAAUAUUUCAACGUGAAAGCAGUCUAGUAAAGUUAUCAACCGAGAAGUUAAAAUUAUGAGUGGCGAUUAUAUGAUGACAACCUCUACCUCACCGUCGUACACGCUUAGUGUCGUAAUGAACACAACCAUAAAUGAAACUGAAAAAUUACUUUUACAAUUCGAAAAAGAUCAAAAGGACCUGCAAGCUGUUUUUUCAAAAGGAGAGGAAGUCAUUCUCUGGUUGGUUCUUGGAACAUUUGCGAUAUUUGGAAUCAUUGCAAACAUUAUAACAUUCGUUUUCAUUCAAAUUACGCCCAAGCUUAACAGAUCAGUUUUCAAUAUAUUUUUAAUGAGUUUAUGUGUUUCGGAUUUUGUGUCAGCUGUCAACAGUCCAUUUGUUAUAUACCGUGCAACUUGGGGCUUCUAUGAGUGGUCGAUCCCUCAUAUCUUUUGUAAGUUGGCAAUAUCACUUGACUUCUGGACAUCUUGUGUUACUAUUCAACAUAUUUUAGUAUUCUCUAUUCUCCGAUUGAUUUCAAUCAAAUUUCCGCAUCGCUUUGGAGUUUUAAAAGCUUUUCAUGCUAAGGUCAUAGUCAUUGUCAUCUGGAUGGAAACAAUGGGCGCAAGUUUUGUCGUUUAUUAUAUAUGGCCUGGAGUUUUUCCUCCUGGUAAAAGAACACCUAGCGGUGCAAUAAGUAAAGCAUGCACUGCUCAGCCAGCAUGGAUUGGUAUGCUCUUAGGGUACGUUCAGAUCGGAUUUCCGAUCGUUCUAUAUGUACCUAUGAUAGCAGUAGUCAUUGUGACUGCCGCUCUCGGUUACUUAAUUUUUCAACGAAAAAGGAAUCGGAAUAAAGUAUCGAAUCUUCAAUCAGAAAAAGCUGCAACAAAGAAAGAGAAUUUUGCCUUGAUCCAGCUUGCUUUAAUCAUCGCCUCGUUCAUGUUGGGAUAUCUUCCCGAUAUCGCCUACCGAAUGACUGCAAUCAUUCUGAGAGCUUUUAAUCAGAGUCUACCAGCUAGAGGCGAGUGGCAGUUUUCUGUGACAUCACAUUGUUUGCUGAGAUUAUCAGAAUGUUUGAAUCCGGUGUUUUACAACUUGGGAUCGAGCAAUAUGCGUAAAGCUACGUUCGCGUUCAUGAAAAGAAUCGUUCCGUGUAUGUUCGAUGUGUCAAAACAAAGAAUGACCACUUCUGGAAGGGCAAUUCCGUUGGAUAAUAAUACUGGGAGUUCUCAAACACCAAAGCAAACUUUCACCUGAAAUCAACCACCACUAAUUUGAUGUUUGUGAAAUUGUGAUAACGAUUCGGUGAAUUAGUAAUCGGUGAAUUACUGAAUCAGAAAUGUUGUUUUGUCAAUCUGUUUCGUAAGUUAUCGCGUUGUGAAGAAACAAUUUGUACAACUUAAUCAUAUCAUGAUAAAUGGGACUUCAUGGCGUGCUUUGGGUUAUUCCGAUUUACAAAUGUUUUGUCAAGUUGUUAUAGUUAUUAUAUGAAAUUGAAUGUAUAUAUGUGAAAAGAAUGGACGUGUACCUCAAGAUAUGUAUGUAGAAAAAAACAUUUGAAAUUCACUGUGUCAUAACAUAAGUAACGGAAUAAAAUAGAUGGGUAUCUGUUUUUCCUGGAAACUAUAUACAGAAUCCAUAACAUCCUCAUUGGCUUCCGUCAAUGAAUUGAUGUUCUUAGUAUUUCAUUUUAUCUUUUUUUCUUUAAAACUGUUAUGAUUAGGUCUCGUGUUUUUUUUAUCGUUUUUUGUUACUGUAUAUUUUUCUUCAUGAGGUGUAUUUAUACGUUCAUUUAUAUUUCUAAUUGCUUGAUUCAAGCACUGCCAAUGAGUGUAAUAGUACGGUUUUCACAUACUGAUAUAGUGGGCUACACUAGAUAGCUGAUCUUCUCACAAAUGCCAUCGAUAUACAAACACUUCUGAUGCUAUUUUAUGAUUCAACGUUUAAAUUAUGUCAAUGCAGUACAUUUCGUAUACGACUUAUUCUGUUCUGAUUUUAUUCAAAUAUAAAUUUGCAUGUUUCGUAUUUUAA